GGUGUUAGAAACACAAAUUAAUUGUCAGUAGAAUUGUCUUGUAAAGGUUUAGAGCUUAACGUGUUUCCAUUACUUCAGACCUAAGUGGAGCUUGAGAGGAAGGAUGUACUGCUGAUAGUGGACACGGCACAGAAUUUACGGGCCACAAGGCCAUUUAGCAGAACUCACAAGAUAAGGAAGAAAAUAAUAAAGACAACUCAGCAAGUGUGCUGAAUCAGCUCCAACUGGGUAAAAGGUAAUUCUGGCAGGGUGAGAUCCUGACCACCAGCUCACACACCCCUCGCCCAAGAAACACACCGACUCAGAAAAGAUAAACCAUGAGCAUACAGACUAAUUAGCAUGAGAAGUGAGAGAAUCGUUAACCAAUAGAAGAUAGAGUACUAAUUAAUAAGAGAACUACAACUUGUACUCUGUGAACAAAUCUUUUGAGGAGUGGCUGAAGGCGCUGGAGGUGCUUAGUCUGGAGAAGGGGAGGUUCAGGGGGGACCUUAUCUCUCCGAAAGAAACUCCCUGGAAGAAGGCUGUAGCCAGGUGGUGGGGCUGGACCUUCCGCGAGCCCUCGGGCCUGUGAAGCUCCGGCAUGGCUGUCGGUGGGGUCGGGAGCUCCCUGCUGCUGCUGUCCGGCGUCGUGGUGACCGUGGGGCUGUGCCGGAGGCUGGCCCGGCGCCGGCUGCGCUCCCGCCCGCUCCUCUUCGCUUUCCUUGUGGAGAUGUUCAGCACCUUCCAGAUCUGCGCCUGCACGAACGAGCUCAGCCUGCUCGGCAACGUGGAGCCGAAGCCGCACACCGCCCUCACCCUCACCUACGGCUUCACCGUCCUGCACGGCCUGAGCCUCGCCGGCAGCACAUGCAAUCCCUGCGGGACCCUGCAGCCCAUGUGGGGCGGCGGGACGUCGCUCAGGAUGGGGGGACUCAAGAUCGCCGCUCAGUUCGUGGCUGCAGUGCUCGCCAGAGUGUUCAUGCACUUUAUCUGGAGUCUGGAGAUGGCAGAGCCACAUCUUGGAGCACUCUCACAGGGCUGCAGUAGCCCCAUGCAGACUACAGAGAUGCAGGCGUUCUGCAUAGAACUGCUCUUUUCUGUCGUUUUCCAGCUGGCCGUCCUGCAAGCCGAAAGCGUUAAUCCCAAAUACAGAGUCCAUUUAAUUGCUCUUCUCAUCACCAUGCUCGUGUAUGCAGGUGGAAAUCUCACAGGAGCAAUAUUUAACCCAGCACUGGCGUUUUCAUUACAUGCAGAUUGUUUCUAUGACAAAUUUUUGAGUUACUCACUAGUAUAUUGGCUAGCACCGUGCUUAGGUACAAUACUUGUGGUUUUUAUAUGGGAUGAAAUCUUUCCUCGGAAAUCUUGAGACUUCAAAUCCUGAAAUUUGGGAGCACUACAUUAAAAAGUAUUUCCAACAUCUGCAGACAAAGCUUUCAGAGAACUGGUGACAGACUUCCAUGCCAUCUUUAUGCUGUAUUUUCAGAUUUCAUGUUUGAAAUAUUUGACUUACCAAUUUGUAUUCAAUUAAUUAUUUUGUAAAUGAGUAUUGGGAUUUUGGGAAUAUCUGCCACCAUUUUCAGUUAAAGCCAUAUGAAUGUGAAGGACUGUUAAAACCCAGAUAUGUCACUUUAGCCAUAAGUGCCAUUUGCUGACCUUUAUUAGCAUGCUAAACUAAUUUUAGAGAAAUACCCCGUCCUUUCAAGGUUUGAUUUUAUAGGAUUUCUUCCCAUUGAAGGCACCUGUAAAAAGGGAGCUGAGGAUUUCUUAUAUAGGCAUCAUCAUAUUCCUACUUGCCAUAUACCUCUGAGAGGAAAAGCUACACUACUUCCUAGAAAAGACUCCACAGCUCUGUUCUAGAGGCACCCUACACCAAAAUUAAAGCCUGUAUGACCAUUCUUUUAAUAUGAAUAUUAUGAACAUUCUUUUAAUAAUGAUAAUUUUAAUACCUGAGUGCAGGUAAGUAGCCCCUCACUUCCUUCCAGGAAGGCUCUGUCACAUCCUGUCCCAUUGGAGACUGUUGAAUGUUUACCUUGGUUGGAAAAAGCAGUAAUAAAAUACUAUAAAAUUCUGUAGACACACACAUCAAAUGGUAUUUUAGGCAAAACCCUAGACUUUUUAUCAGCAAUUACUGCAGUCUCUUCACAUAGACACAGCAUAUAGGGAUGAAUCAUGUAGUACUCAAUUUGUCCUUAAUUUUAUGGAGCUCUUACCAAUUUCUUUAAAGAAACAAAUGAAUCUGCAGGAGAAUAAAUAACAGAGAUAAAAACUACAGGAAAGCUACAUACACAAGCAUGUCCUUUAUAGCCUCAGCUGAAGCAACCACCACUGAUGGGUACUACCCUCUUAAGCUCUGUUUCUAGUACAAGGUUUCUUCUUCUGGCUGCAGCUUAAUUUUUAAACAUGCCAAAAUAUAUUUCUCAAAUUUAAGAGUAAAUUCUCUUUUUAUGGUUACUUGGUUUGAAAGGAGACGGUUAACAAAUUCUACAAUUAUCUCAUAUCAUGUCCUUCACCUCAUCAUCCAAGUCACCUUACAAACCAUAUUUUAAGAGAAGGGAAAUCAGAUGGGGGGUUUUUCACAGUAAACUGAUGAAGUCUUUAACAGCUACUAUUGUCAGCUAUGUUUUUUGCAAGAGUUUGGGAAGUAAAUAUUUCCAUGUAAUUUCUUCCUUGUUGCAAUAAAAUCUUUUCUCAUUUUA